UUUACCUAAAAUCUACGUUCUAAAUUCAACGCUAUUGUAUUUAUUUUUCCCAGAAAAUACCAUCCGUCCUCCCUAUCUCCCUCUGCGUUGGUGUGAAUUGUGAUCCAAGCAUCCAGGCAAGACACAUGCCGAAAGUUGGGCAUCUUCCGUUCCUCUUUUUGAUUUCGAUCUCGUUGUUCCUCCGUGAAUCUUCGGGUUCCUAUGCUGGUUCAGCUAGUUCCAUCAUCAAUCCCGCUAAAGUUAAGCAAAUUUCAUGGAAGCCAAGAGCUUUCGUCUACGAAGGUUUCCUUACAGACUUGGAAUGCGAACACUUGAUCUCUCUUGCGAAAUCGGAGCUGAAGAGAUCUGCGGUCGCAGAUAAUGAGUCCGGAAAAAGCAAGCUCAGCGAAGUUCGCACGAGUUCCGGGAUGUUCAUAUCAAAGGGGAAGGAUCCUAUUGUUGCUGGUAUAGAGGACAAGAUAUCUUCCUGGACAUUUCUUCCAAAAGAAAAUGGGGAAGACAUACAAGUAUUAAGAUAUGAGCAUGGGCAGAAAUAUGACCCACACUACGAUUACUUUGCUGACAAGGUUAAUAUAGCCCGGGGUGGACAUCGAAUUGCAACGGUACUCAUGUAUCUAACCGAUGUGACCCAAGGUGGUGAAACAGUGUUCCCUUCUGCAGAGGAAAAUCCCCGUCAUAAAGCUUCUGAAACAGACAAUGAUCUGUCCGAGUGUGCGAAGAAAGGAAUUGCAGUGAAACCACGGAGAGGGGAUGCCCUUCUUUUCUUCAGUCUUCACCCAACUGCGAUUCCAGACCCAAGCAGUCUCCAUGCAGGUUGCCCUGUGCUUGAAGGUGAGAAAUGGUCAGCAACAAAGUGGAUCCAUGUAGACUCAUUUGACAAGAACUUGGCAGCUGGUGGAAACUGCACAGAUCAGAAUGAUAGCUGUGGGAGAUGGGCAGCCCUUGGAGAAUGUACGAAGAACCCAGAGUAUAUGAUCGGAUCCGCAGAACUUCCUGGUUACUGUAGGAGGAGCUGCAAGGUUUGUUAGAAAUUUUACUUCUGCUUUCCUCCCAGCAUCAUCCGUUUCUGGGUUCCUUAAAAACUUGUUUCCUCUUUCUUUUUCCUUUGUGGAUCCUAAUGUCUUGUAUUAUCUUUUGGUUCUAAUAAAAGUUGAGGAAGUUACAUUUUACGCA